AUGUAUUUUCAAUACACUAAGGUGAUCUGAAAUAUUCAUUCUAGAUAUAUUUGAUCAUAUUACGAAAUUACAAAAAAAUACAAACUACUUAGAUGGGACAAAUUACUGAACUUUUUUUUCUUUCUCAGAUUUACAUCAGUGACAAAAUUUAUAAAGGAUUCUUAUUCAUCUAAACUAAAUCGGGGUCAAGCUGCUGUUGGAUUAAGAAAUGUUUGGAGCUAGUCCAAAAAUUGUGUUAAUCUUAAAAUGAAAUUGACGCAGUUAGUUAUUUUUAGGACAUAUUUUCAAAUCUAAUAGGUGUUCCAAGAAGAAAAAGUUUGACAGUAGACAAAAGAGAUGGGUACACUGUAUGAAUGUUUACGAGAAGCAAAAUUAGAGCGAUACUUCCCUUCAUUCCGAGCACAAGGUAUCACCAAAUCAGAAGCUUUAACACGACUGACAGCUAGUGACUAUCCAGCAUUUGGUAUUACCUCAGCAGAGGAUAAGAGACGUCUUGUUGAGUUGAUUAGUAUUAUUAAAGCAGUGCAUAAUGUUUCAGAUAGGGAGGAUAUAUUAUCGGGACACCACCCUGUGAACAGGUCAAUACAGAAUGUAAGGAACAAGUCACCAAGAAAGAGAAACAGAAGUCCAGCACAAGGACCAGUACAGGUUGGGGGCCGUGCAUUGUCUGCAACAAAUGAUGUACGUGUCCGGGACAGGCUACGUGCAAAUGCCAGCAGUCACCAUCUUUCAGGUGCUGGAGCUGCGAUACUUGACCUAAUUGAUGAUGAAGAAUCAUCGGAAGAAUCGGGUGAUGAUUCUGAAGAGCCCGCUGAUUAUGAACCAGCUGUAAAACACAGUGUGACAGCAUCUGUCAAGGAAUUACCUGGAAGAAUACGCAAAACACCUGUAGAGAAAGUUAAAUAUGGUGCUGGAUAUAAUUAUGGGGUGCCUGGUGGAAGUUCAGGAGCUCGACCCAAGUCACGUCCUGGUGGUGGACGUUUACAUGAAGACAAAAUAAAAGUGUGUGUACGUAAACGACCCCUGAGUAAGCGAGAAAGUCGCAGUGGUGAAGAGGACAUGAUUCAAGCCGCCAGUACAACAACAUUAGUGGUAUCUGAACCUAAACAGGCAGUAGAUCUGACAGCAUACACUCUACAGCAUGAAUUUAUAUUUGAUGAAGUAUUUGAAGAGAAAUGCACAAAUGAAGAUGUAUAUAUACGAGCAGCUAGACCUCUCAUUAGCUGCAUAUUUGAUGGUGGGAAUGCCACCUGUUUUGCAUAUGGUCAGACAGGAGCGGGGAAGACUCACACUAUGAUUGGUAACAGAGAGAUACCAGGGCUGUAUCUGCUAGCGGCACAUGAUAUAUUCUCUAUCAUAGAGUCUGGACAGUAUGGUGAAGGUAUUAAAGUUUGGGUCAGCUUCUUUGAAAUCUACUGUGGUCAGCUGUUUGAUCUUCUAAAUAAAAGAAACAGGUUACAUGCUCGAGAGGAUGGUUCCAAGCGUGUUUGUAUAACUGGUCUUACUGAAACAGAAGCAGCUGAUGAACAAUCUCUCAUGCAGGUUUUAGAGUAUGGUAAUUCAGUAAGGAGUAAAGGAGCUACAGGAGUCAAUCCAGACUCAUCAAGGUCACAUGCAGUAUUACAGAUGGAAAUAAGGGAUAGAGCAGAUAAAAGACUUGGCAGGAUAUCAUUUAUUGAUCUGGCUGGUAGUGAGAGGGCCUCUGAUUCUGCUGAUACAGAUAAACAGACAAGGAUGGAGGGGGCAGAAAUCAAUCAGAGUUUACUUGCUCUGAAGGAAUGUAUACGAUCUAUAGAUCAGGAGAGUCGACACAAGCCGUUCCGUCAGAGUAAGCUGACACAUAUAUUAAAGGACUCGUUUAUUGGCAACUCUAAAACAUGUAUGAUAGCUAAUAUAUCACCAGCCAGCUCAUCAUGUGAACAUACCUUAAAUACACUCCGAUAUGCUGACAGAGUGAAGGAAUUACGUCGAGGUGCCCAGUCAGCUGCAGCCACUAGCAGAAGUACAAAUGUAGCUAUGUCUAAUAUACUGAUGAAUAUCCCUGCAUCAGCACCAUCUAUCUUUCAACCAUCUAAUAUUCUAUGCUCAUCUACUCCAAUGAGACAGAGUACACGUCAGUUUACAAAUAGAAACACUAGUGCAGAUUUACACUUAGAUCCUAGUGAAACCCCAAUCAGGGGUCCAGGAGCACGGAGGAAAACAUCAAGUGCUGUUUCAAGAAGUGAAUCCAAGUCCCAAAAUUUUAGUCAUAGGACAGGAGCUAGUGUUAAUUCAACAAGUGCAACAAGUAAGCCGCAAGUGACUCGGCAUUUUGCCUCAAAUGUGAUAAAUUCUAGUAAUAAACAAAAUUUGUCGUCUAAUAGCGAGUCGGAUCAGACUGAAUCUGAUUCAUGCAACAUGACUGGUCCACAGAAACCUGGCAAUCUGCCAAAUCAAAUGUUAAACAUUGAAAACCAGUCUGUGAAUAGUAAAAAUACUUACACUCGUAAAGAUAUGUAUGUCAGUAAAAGUUCAAAUUUAGGUGGUCGUACUCCUGCAUCAAAUACAAGUCAAAAUAUACCAGUGGUCAAAUCGUCUGAUACAGAUAACGAUUUUCCUACUACAGAUUUCAAUAAUGAGGAAGAAAUGAAUGACUUGAACCGUACUGGUGAAAAAAACAAUGUUGCGGCUAGUGUGCCAGUGUUUCCUUCGACAAAAUCUAAUAAGUUAGAAACACAGACUAGUUCAAAAGAAGGUAGAGAACAAACUGUAGUGCCUGGUGUUACAAAGUCUCCUGCACAACAAAGACUGUCAUCUGUCUCUGCUAGUGUACCAGUCCUUAGAAAAAAGAUAUACAUGGAGAACCAGACUGAUUCUCAAAAUGAUGUUCAAGGUCAGACUGAGCUUCCCCAAAGUGAACAGAGACAAAAUGAUAUAAGCUCCAGAUCUAAUACAAAUUCUGGGAAUUCUCAGACAUACAGAAAUUAUACUCCAUCUAGUGAAACCAGUCAGAUACCUACACCAGCAGCCACUUCAGCGUCAGUGUCUAAAAGAAAAGAUGUUGAUGAUGAGACUAAACCCAGUGAAAAUAGACUGAGGUUGAAGAUGCCAUCCACUCUUACUGAAAGUUUUAAUGACGACUUACUAUUUGAUUCUCCUUCAAUAGAUCAGAGGGUUUGGACUCCAAGGACUCCUAGUGAAAAUUCUGGAACUCAGCCCAGAAUUCCUCAAGACCCUUCUUUACAACCAGAAAUUCCAGCUGUGCUCCCAGCAAAAAGCACUGAGCUGACAACCUUUUCUCAAUCUCCAAGAUGGCAUUUAAACAAAAAUCAGAGCAACUACCAAGGCACUGUGCAGCAGCCUCAAGGAUUCAGACCUGAACCUAUACGCACAAUCCCUAAAGACAAACCUGAAAAUAGGCCAACCAAUCAAAGAAAUCAAACAAAUACUCAAAACAACAGUGGUGUAAAUUCUGAUAACAGACAACAGAGGCAGGCAGAAUCUAACACUGCUAAAAAGACUUCAUAUGAUAUCCCAAGGUCAGGAAAUGACCCAUUUAAUAAUGUGACCUCUCAUAAGUCAGCCUGGACUAAUGAUAGUGUUAAACCAAAACAAAAGGCAGUAGAACAGGAGCCUAUUAGUGCUAAUUGGUUUGAAACACCUGCAGAUCAUGAAACCCACAUUACAGAAUCAGCCUCAGAUAAACUACGGCUACAAAAUACUGAAAAGAAAUUAAAGUUAAGAACUGAUAUAGGAGAAUCAGGAUCUGGUUUGAACUUACAAGAUUUUGAUGAUGACUAUUUGCCGUUGGCAAGAAACAUGGACAGGAAUAAAUCAGCUCAUAGUGAUAGUGGGAUUUUAUCAGCAGUUUCAGACACUGAAAGUAAACAAAGUCAAAAUACAGCCAGUAAGGGUAACAUUCCAGGUGGCAAUGCUGCUGCUUAUAAAAACUCAAACUUUGCAAAGCCUGGUUAUUUUAGUGAUACAGGAACUGGUGCUAAUGGCUUUAUAUCCAAGCAUCGAUUAGUUCAUUCCCCUGUUACAACAAGACAAAGUUCAAACACUUCACCUGUGAUUAAGGACUAUGUCUCCUUGUCUCCAGUUAAUGGGCAAGGAGCAUUUAUUUCAAAGCACUCGGACAGAGAUGGUAAUUCUUUAUCACCAUCAGGUGGUGCGUCUAAUAAUGGAAUUUUAAAAACAGAAAAAUUAGGAAAAGGGGGUACUAUGUUUUCGCCCAUACACCCACAACCAGUGACUAAUAGUAAGGUAUCUAAAAGUGUGGCUGUAAGUAAAGAUAUUGUGCAUCCUACACCUCUUGGUAAAGUGUCGGCAUCAGUCGACACUCCACAUGAUCGUCAACCAUCCUCACACAGCAGUAGUGGCAGUACAAGUAGUGAUGUUAUUGACCUCAAGUCACAGUUAAUUACCUCCCAUGAAGACCAGCUUGCAACAGUUACUUCCCUUUGUAAACAAGAAAUGAAGUUAUUACUUGGAGCUAAAGCUGGUAACAAGAAAUUUGAUGAUUACAUGAAAAAAGUGAGUGAAGUAUUAUCCCAGAAAAUGUCUGCCAUACAGCUUUUGCAAGACCAGAUUAUUGCAUACCAACUCAGUACGCAGGAUGAUUGAUAGUGAUUUUUGAUUACAACAUUUUGCCAACAAAAACUGGUUUAUCAUGGCUAUUUUGAGUCAAGUCAAUGUAACAUCUAAACAAAGUGAAAUUAUUCUCAGUGUGGAUUACAUAUACAUCACAUGAGGAUGCUUUUUCUGAAUUAUGGUUUCGUCUAGUUUAUCCAAAAAUCCAUAUUCAGUGAUAUGAGUGGGACAGAAAAGAAGAACAUUUCGUAAAGUGGUUGUUACUGGUAAAAAAUAAAGCAGAUUGAAGCAGUCCCUGCAGUUGAAUGUGGAAAGCUAGUCAUAGGAUAAUGUUGAAUAAUUUUUGUCAACCUUUGCUCAUAGUUUGAUAUUUGAUAAAUUCUGGACACUCCUCUUUCUUGUUAUGUCCUUAACCCAUACCAUGUUAAAAUUGUACAAUGGAUUUUUAUAUGAAAAUGCUGAAAUAAGCAGCCAAAAAUUGAGAUAUUCAGGCUGGCCAGGUUGUAUAUUUGGUUAUCAUAGGCAUGUCAUUAUGACCACUAGCAUUCCAAUUUAAAGCCCAAGCCUAAAUUGCUUGCAAUUUGAUAUAGAACUCAAAUGUAUUUCAUAAGUGUAAAAAAUAUAUACAGCAUCUGAUGUUUUAACAUAGAUAUAACUGUACAGUCUGUUGAGAUUGAUUAAAUCAUCUGUCUUGAAAUAUUGUGAUAAAAAUGCAACUUCAGAGGAGAUAAAAAAUGUGAUAUUUUGUUCUUAAGAUUUUUACAUCCAUAUGUAUAUGUCAAAUAUGUUUGUUAUGCUUGGCUUUUACAAUGUAUAUCUGUGUUAAAUUAUAUGUAUGGGAGAGAUGUAUGUGUAAUGUCAGAAAAAUAUAAUACCAUUCCGUUAUUAAAAUUACCUUACAAAUGAACCUGACAUGAAUAUUGAUUUAUUUUUGUCAUGUAAAAAAUAUCUGUUAAUAUCAGUUAGUUAAUACACAGAAGAUAUCAAUGUUUGUAACCAUGUAGUCCAUAGGAGAAGCAGGUUUCCUUGUCAAAAUAACUGCUAUUUGGAAAACUGUAAGCAAUUGUUAAGUAUAGGAAAAUGCAUUUUAUUGUUUUACAUGAAAGAUUGUAAAAGCCUAAAAUGUGUGCCAUUUUAAAAAUACAAACAAGAUCAUAUUUGUUUGUGUUUUUUUCCACUGUCAAUAUUGACAAUCUGUAGGAACUUUACAAAAUGUCCAAUUUCAUUUUUACAUUAAUUGCCAUAAGCACAAUGUUAUUCUUACCUUACUUAUAAACUAGCAUUGUUAACAAUACAGUUUAGUGUAUGUCUGGACACAUAUUGGUAGUACAUGUAUUAUAUCCAUUUUAAAACUGUUUUUGUGAUCUUUUUUUGGUAAAAUAUUAAGAAAACUGAAAUGCCCAUUAUAAAAUUAUAUAAUUCACCAAUUUGCAAAAGGACAUUAUCCUUGUGUUUCCCAUGUCGAAUUUAAAUACACCAUCAAUGUUUCACACAGAUAAGAAUAUUGUAUCUACUUUUGUCAUUGCUUCUUCUUUUUUGCAUAAAGCGUUAAUACUCAAAUCCAUCCAUAGUAUUUUUGAGUAAGAAUUCAUGUUGUUUUUACUGUAGACUAAUGUUGAAAGGUUUAAAGUAUAUGUAUAAUGACAUCUACUAUUAUUUCUAAGUAUUUUCAGGUACCACAUUAGGCAUGCUGGCCUUUAUUUUUUUAUCUUUUUAUUCAGUAGUUAUGUGUUUGGCAACAUAACAAAGGUUGAGUGUGUGAUAUUUACGUCAUUCCGUCCAUUAUAGAACCAGUAGAAAAUAAAAGCUUUAUUUUGUAUUUUUAAGCCAUGAAAACCUAUUUGAAUGUUUUAUUUUCAAAGCUUCUUUGUCAGAAGUGGCAUUGUAUCUUGCUGUGAUAAAAUAUGGCUAAUUGGUGCCUGAAUUUUAAUUUUAUAUGUGUAUAUGUGACAGCAGUUUGUUCUUUAUUUCAUUUCCAAGUUAUAUACUCAUCAAAAAAUGGCAUGUAACUUACAGUAAGCAACCAUAAUCAUAAUUAAAAAAAAAACACAAAAAUCAUUUCUCAAAAAAUAUUUAUGUACCAUCUUAAGAAUUAAGUCAUAUCAACUUUUACACAAGAAUUUUUAUUUCACUAUCUGGGUUUUGGCAAGAAAUAGAAGAUUGGCCUAUGUUCAAUUGAAAUACAUGUAUGUAAGAAUUAAAUUCACAUUACAGGCGGUCCUUAUACCAAAGGUCACAAAUCAUUAUAACUGAAUUCUGCAAUUUAAAUGGAUAUAACUUUUGUGGAUGUAAAAAAAAAAUGUUUUGUGUUAUAUGACAUUAUUCCAUAAAAGGCAAAACAAAUGUUUUUUUGAAUUAUUGGAAAAUUGUGUUGUAUUGAAAUUAUACAUGUACAACUUUUACCCAUAUGAGCAAUAGAUAUGAUUAUGUUCAACAAUGUUGUAUAGUUUAUUGAAUUAUAAUGAAACAGAAUUAAACUAAGUGUUAUUCACUAGAAAAAUUACUUUUACGUAAGACAUUUAUAUUGUGUGGGAAGACAUCUUCUCAAUUAUAACUGUUUUAUUUAUUAUGAUAACAUUUGAAUAGGAUUUUCUUCUUAUUA